AUGGGUGCCACUUUGAUCAUGGUGGUGACCCUUGCGGUUGUUCUUGGCCUCAUCCUUGUUCUACUGACUGAGCUCUACUGCUCUCUCUUGCUCCGCCGCCGCCGCCUUCUCAGAGCCUCCGCCUCCGCUGCCGCCGCAAGCAGAACCAAUGCUUCACCUUCUUCACCCUCCUCAUAUCCCCAGCAACAUUCUCUUCCUCCUCCUCCUCCUCCUCCCUCCUUCACUAGCAUUUAUGCUCAAGGAGUCCUCCAAGCUCCAAGAAACCUCCUUUUCCCUCUACUUUCUUCCAAAGAGGAGCUAACUGAAGCAAAGAAACAGCUUGUUGAGCUUCAUCAUCAGGCUAUUCAAAUCCAGUCCCGAGAUUUCAUAACAAGCCCUCGUCACCUUGGACUUGUCUCUGCUUCUUCUCCACCACAGUCAAUUCAAGAAGCGCGUGACUCAGUUCAAAGCAGUGAUGAUCCCAGCAGGGGGACUAUUUGUGGGGAACAUGUUGUGUACAUUUCGAAUCCCAUUUAUGAAAACGACGAGGAAGGCAAGGGAAGUAGUCGAUCAGAUACUCCAUUCCAAACACCACACACUUCACCUUCUCGCCUGGAAACAGUUGGUUCUUCUGAUGAAGAUGAGGCAACUCAGGCUUCACCUUCAUAUACGCCUCUUUCUCCCAUGAAGAAGCUCCCUCCAGAGGCUUCCUCUGUUUCUCUCAAAGAUGCAACGUCAUUGGGUCAUUCAGGUAGUGAUUCUCACAGUAACAAUGGUCUCUCAUCUACAUCAUCUGCCACCCCCUGCACUUCUCCUUCAUGGUGA